UAUUUUAAAUCAAAAUUUAUGCCGGAUUCCUCCAUUUCCUACCGCUAAUGCUUCGCCGUAAUGUGUAGUAACCCCGCCACUCUUUGUCGUGUUGCAUGUGCAGUUCGUGGCAGUUACCAUGGGACACAGCACCACUUGCACCGCUCAGCUUGACGAGUGGUAUCGUGUGGUGCCGGGCGGUCCUCUGCGGCGUCGUUAUCUCGGGAGUUGGUCACGUCUUGGGGGCCUCGAGAUCGUUGCUGAAGACAUGUGGCAGCGGAGAAGAGACUUGGAAGGCCUACAGUUGAGCGUGGCCACUGCUGAAAACCCGCCGUUUGUGACGACAGUGCCCAGUCUAAGCGGAUACUUGCUGGACGUGUGGAGCGCACUGGAAACCGCUCUCAACUUCACGAGCAAGUUCUCUGUGCUGAACGAGGUAACAUUUGCCUCGCAGGAACGACAUUUAAUUGACCCAGUCUCCAAUGGAAGCGCUGAUGUGCUGCUGGUUGCAUUAACUGCGAAUUCUGUAAAGCGGGUGGCAUAUUUAUCAAGUCCCGUCAUGAAACUCAGGUUCCGUGUCUACAUCCACAGGCUCCAGCUGAACUUCUGGCAGUCGUUCGUGAGGCCGUUCGAUCUGGGCGUCUGGACCCUCACAGGCUGUGUGCUGGUGACUGGUUCUGUGAUGCUGGCCUACAGCUACCGCAGAAGUCGUGAGAAUGGCGCAGAUCACGAGGUGGAGCCAGUCCUCCACAGGAUCCAAGACGCAUUCCUCGUCACAUAUGGGGCUAUGCUGCAACAAGGGAGUGAGUGGACCCCUAAGAGUUGUGCCGCGCGCCUGGUACUCUGGUUGAGCCUUGUAUUCGGUAUGCUGCUCUACACUGCUUACUCGGCCACCCUGAUCUCCAGCCUCACUCUGCAGCGAAGGUCGUACCCGUUCCUCAGCUUGGAGCAGCUACUUCACAGCCCAUACUCCCUCUGCAUAGUGGACCAGUCUGCUACUCACACCAUUCUGCAGCGCGCGCGGGACAGCACGGUGUCUGCAUUGUACCGGCAACAGAUUGAGAAUGCCUCCCGUUCGCUAGUGCUUGAUAUCCUGGCGGGACUGCAGCGUGUGUUCGAAAGCAAGACUCACGCUUUCCUGGACGUUCACGAACGAGUCCAAGGUUGCCUAGGGACGAUGGUCUGUCGGGUAGUCGACAUUCCCAGGGACCAGUUCUCUACCUACGGAGCUCUCGGUGUCAGAGAGGACUUGCCGUACAAGUUUGCCAUUGAUUAUUACCUGAAGAGGAUGUCUGAAGGAGGACUUCAGAAGCGACUGCAGCGGUUGUACUGGUGGCAGCAGGUGGCAUGCGGGACUGAGAGCAUCAAGUCCAUUCGGCUGAGGAACGUCGGCGUUCUGUUCCUGUAUCUGCUCUUCGGGCUGUUCAUCUCGUGGGUAACGCUUGUGUGUGAACGCUUCUCAAAAAUCGCCCGUCGCGCCACAGGGAGGAGGCGCGUCGUGGUGAGGACACACCGCAGCAUUCGACAGCGAAAGUUAAUGCCCAGGCAUGAUCGAUCGUUCUCCCUGCCAUAUAUUGAAUAAAUAUUGCAACGGAGGUCGCGUUAAUGCAUAAACCCACACACAUUCUCUUUUACUUAUAUGAGGAUAAUUCUGAUUAAAAUUAAUCAUUGUGGACGCAUUUUGUACGUACCCUAGCUAAGCUGGCAGCUGAGGCCAGGGGCAGUUCGGAAACCCAAAGGAAAGGAAAUGUCCACUGUUGGAAGCCGCUACCAAGCAGUGCAGUGAAGACCGUGACUGAGCACACUUGUCUUCGUGUGAUAAUGAUUAUAAAGUGUAAUCAUGAGUUGUUUAAGAGUCCAAUAUCCGAGUACCAAUCCAAACCCCGUCUAUAGUCACACCACGUGACAGUAUAUAACUCACAGCUGGGAAUUUCACAUAAUCGCCAGCUAUUAUUCAUACUACUAUGCCAGCCAAUCGAUAUUACCACACAUAUAAUGACAAUAUUUGUUAGCUGAACAGCUUCCUGUUGUGGGGAAGACAUACUUCAGAGAGCUGCGAUACGUACAAAGUUCAGUGGGAAAUUUGCAAUAGUGAUUGUACAAUUCUCUCUAAUAAAUUAUCCGAAAACUUCGACAACAUUUAUCGAAACCUGAAGCCAAUUAGCUCAGAAACCACAGUGUAAUGUCACGUGAAGUAUUGUGACUGUCGACGGGGUUUGGAUAUUGGACCACUAGCAUACACGACUCGGAAUUACAAGUAAUUGCAGCACAACCACUGAUCUCCGCAAUUCACAAAUCACCACAGCCUGCUGUGUCUUCACUAGCCGUUUCCUGGUAACGGUUUCUAACAGUGGAGAUUCUUCAGUUUGACGCGCUCAAAUGCUCUCAUCACAGACUCCACGCAAAAUGGACUUGAUUGGCCCAGCUCUCUUCCUUAAGACUCCUCGGCACGGACAACCGUAGAAACCCCCGUUUUAAUAACAUCUCUAUUGUUGCAUGCGUAUACUUUGCAGCGGGAACGUGCUUACCAAGUCAUUGCCCAGAAAAGAAUGCUAUUUCAGAGCCGUUCUCUAGCAACGGCUGUUUCUUUUGAUCCACAGUUCUUGCUUUGAGCAAAUAUGCCAGAAUAUUUUGGCGGUUUAUGUAACGACACCGCCGGUAUCUCAGGCUGUGAAGCGCCGAUUGGUGAAUACUGAAGUCGAAAGGAUCUGGAAGGAAGCUGUCAUGAUCUGAUGGAACUACUGACACAGUAUCUUCCAGGAUAUCCAGCGUCCUGGUCGAGAAUCGAACCGAGAACCUAACUGAAUACGAGUCUACAGCUUUACCGCCAAGCUGAUCUGUCCGGUAUACACUGCUGUUUCGGCUGUUGGGAACAGAAUUGAAAGUAAUAUCACAAUUUCAUUUCCCUGUGACGUAUUUUAUUUGUAUUCCCCACAACAUCCCGUACAUGUUCAAACAUCAGCUGUGGACGUUUCGGUCUGGAUACAUACAUACACAGACGUUAUUUCGGAGACUAACUGAGGUUUAAUAUUUUAUACAAUUCGCUUUUGAUUUCCUUCACUAUAUUAUGCUAAUUUACUUACAGUUCUAGUCAUUCGUGGGUUUUGAUUCGACCCCGGUCGAGGUUCGAACCGAGCACCUCCAGAAUGCAAGUCAGGAACCGUGGCCGAUCCGAGUCUUGACCAAGCAGCUACAGUCCUAAUUGUAAUACAGUAGUAGGAAGUCUCUUUUCCUGACAGGCCCCUCGAGUACUCGCCCCUACCUUCUACCCGUGAAACAAGACAGAGUCAACCACCAAACUAUAAGUAGUACUGGAAGAUAAAUUGACAUAGCCCAGAUAUUUCGUAUCCCGCUCUCACUCUGAUUUUGUAAGAAAUUAAUUAAUAUCGAUUACAGAGCUAUAUAGGAUGGGAAGUUCUCGCAGCGGUGGUUAUGGAAAGUGCCGUCUUCUGGGAAAUAACGCCGUGUGGUUCGUUUAAAGUCAUCGAACGUUUCGGAUGAAAAUAUCGCCUCCAUCUUCAGAGUUAAAGAGUAAGCCGAACGAGAAACCAUGAAAGCAUGAAAGCACAAUACGAGGGACAGAAGGCAAAUAAGUAACAAAUGGAAGUAAAACAGCUGUAAUAGACAUAACAGAUUUUCUGUAUCACUAGGUAGCAGCACAGUCCAACUUCAUGAUAGUCUAGGUAGCAGACGCGCAUGCGCAUCUUCAGAGGCUAGUUUCAGUGGUAAAAAUGGAGACCGUGCUUCUAGAGUAUAACAGCGAAGAGCAGCGUUCUGUUGUGCUUUUUUUGCGGACAAGAGGACUCAAUGCAAAGGAUAUUCAAAAAAGAAAUAUUUCCCGUUUACGGUGGGAAGUGUUUGUCGCAUAGAGCGGUUGACAACUGAGCCGAGAAACGUGGCAUAUAUUUAGCUGAGACGAAGAGGUUGAAAGGAGGUGCGGAAGUGGCUGAGACAACAGUCACAAGACUUUUGUGCUGCGGGUUUCGACGCACUGGUAAAGCUAUGGGACAAGUGUAUCAAUGUUGGUGGGGGAUCUAUUGAGAAAUAUAUGUUUUCAUUAAGUUCGAAUAUCACAUAUUUCACGUUUUAUAUCAAUUUGUGACCUAUUUACUGAUUCGCUCGUAUAUUCCUCCGAAACGUCAGUUUAUUUUCAACGGACUACACAGCAUUAUAUCCCAGAAAAUAGCACUCUUCAGAAGAGCUCUAGUUACAGUGCAGACAUUUCAGCGUGCCUACCCUUGCUAUAUUAAAAGUUGAAAACUAAAGUCUGACUUAUCUUUCUCUGAGUACCACCCAUACUAACGGGGUAACACUCUUGAAUCCUUUAUCGACCACAGGCGAAAAUCGAUUGUUUCGGAAAACUAAUCUUCACUUCUGCUCUUACAUGUCCAUAUAUAUUUUCUGAGUGUCUUACCCCGUCUUAAAGAUAUUGUACUCAUCAGAUUCAGUCACAACCAUAUGCUGCAUAAAGGCUGGAACAUUCCUUUCAUAUCUUCAUACCUUAAGCAGUAUUUCAUGAUCACCGUCAUAUUCAGAAUCAAGCUUAAUUGCCUAAAAUAAACCUUGUAACUACAGUUAAUGUGUCCAUCUUCCUCAGAGCUUCUAGGAUCUGUUUGUUACAGUUUUCAAAUUGUGGCUCAUUAAAUCUUUAAAAUAUCCCUUUUUAUUACAGAUCAAAAUCAUCACACCUGCCGUUCAUAGCGGGAGUACAUGAUUUCAUUUCACAGCCCUUCCGUUCUUUCGCUUUAUAUUUGGGAUUUCUCUGUCUUUCAGACCACAAUGAAGAGCAAAGAAACAUCACACUGUCCAGUUACAUUCUCAGCUGAUCCCUUCCCAUGGGUCUUCUCCACUUCCAAGUCCUGUCACACCUGUACCGUGCCAGUGUAUAUCAGCGCUUCAAUUUUGUUGAAUGUAAACUCAGUUGAAAGGUAAAGCUAUCCCUGUCACAGGCCGUGGAGGCCCACAUAGUUGUGAGACGUUGAGGGC